AUGACCAAGGCAGCCCUGGGUUCCGAUCUAACCUUUGGAGGUCGACAUGUGGCUCAACAGGACUGGUCGGUGUAUGCAGAGUCGCGGUAUCCGGGCUACAUUCCGGGUUACAAGGCGCAGAUCCAGGCGCCUCCUGCCGAGGGUCUGGCGGCCCACGGUAUCCAGCCGAUCGCUAGCACCGGCCCGUCCGUGGUGCAAGAGGACCCCCUCGUCGUCGCUGUACGCCAACAACAACAAGCAGCAGACCUCGCGCUCCGUCGAGCACAACUCGACGCCGAAGCCAAACGCAAGGAAGCCCAGAAACAAAGCGAACAGGCACUGAAACAAGCCGCAGACGCCGCCAAAACUGCCGGCCAGGUCCUCAAAAACGUCCAACAAGGGGCACGCGUCGUCCAACAGGGUGUGGGCAUCUUCAAGAGCAUCAUGCAACUCAUCCCGAAAUAA